GUGAUGUGUCUGAGGGUGACUCUGGUGUUUCUCUCUGUGCCUCCACAGGUCCUGGGCUCAGUUAAGAACAAGAUCGAGCUGUUUGCUGGCACUCAGGAAGAUUUUCCCACGCUGCUCUUUAAAGCCAGAAAAUACUUGAUCGCCCGAGGGAAGCUGGACUGGACAGACUCUCCAGGCACCGUGCCUCCGCUCCGCCGCUCGGACACACUGGUGAGGAGUAGGAAGCCGUCGCUGGGGGAGCUGAUUCUGCGUCACACACACAGCCCGACACGUGCUCGCCAGGCAGCCCAGCACGCCCUGAAGCAGGUGCGGGAGGGGCAGGUGCUGCAUGCACUGACGGGCAGCUCCAUGUUUAAGAGUUCAGCGGAGAAACAGAACGAGGCGCUGAGGGUGAAGAAUGCUGUGUACUGUGCUGUCAUCUUCACCGAGUUCCUCAAAGAGCUGGCGGCCAUCGCCCAGGAACACUCCGUCACCUCCCCCUUUCUCCUGAGGGGUAGCGAGGAGUGA